UCCAUCAGUGCCAGCAGUCAGUGCUCAUCAGUGCCAUGUGCCAGUGCCCAUCAGUGCCACAUAUCAGUGCCUAUCAGUGCUGCCUAUCAGUGCGCGUCAGUGCCGCCUAUCAGUGCCAGUCAGUGCUGCCUAACAGUGCCAUAUAUCAGUGUCAUGUAUCAGUGCUGCCUUUCAGUGCCCAUCAGUGAUGCCUGUCAAUGCCCAUCAGUGCCUCUUCAUCAGUGCCCAUCAGUGCCACCUAUCAGUGUCCAUCAGUGCAGCCUAUCAGUGCCCAUCACUGCAGCCUCAUUAGCGCACAUCAGUGAAGGAGAAAAAAUCACUUUACAAAAUUGUAUA